AUGAAAUAUCCUCCGGUGGAAGUGGUCGAGUUUAUUCUGAGGAAGACUGCAUAUUCUGGAAAUUAUGGUAUAUCUUUGUCUGAGAUCUGGAAUGAAAUCUCUACUUUUCUUGAAGAACCAAUUGAUGCAUUCUUGAAGAACAUAAUAUGGCAAUGGGUAUUUCUCAAUGAAAAAGGUACGCCACAUCAGAUCGGUUACGAAGGACUUGACGAUGAGCAAGAAGGGUUAAAUGUCUUUAGAGAAGACUUGAAUAUUCCAUUGCCAUUAAUUGGCACAUAUGAUGAAUUUAUUGCUAGUAAUGGCGGCAAUGAAAAUCAGCUCCGUCUAAAACCUACCCCACCAACUCAGUGGAAAUAUCUUACAGGAUUAGUAAAUCUGAAGAGAUUGAAAUUACAGCUUGGAGAAUUUCCUUUUCAAUUGCUUGUAGAGAUAGCAAGACAUGGCUCAAGUGGAAUAUUGGCCCCAGACUUGUCAAAAAACACAAAUCAAGAUCCAAGAUCACUCACUCCAAGAUUGAAAAAGUUAGAGGACUUAAACCUCAUUUCCAAACGAAACUAUUAUAAUGAAAUAUCUAAACAGCACACAAAUUUGUGCAUUCACAAGAACUUUGUCAAAGACGACGUCUCUAGUGCAAUUGCGGAUUUGAACGAAAAUUUGGAAAGCUCAAGGAAUGUCGAAAAGACAAAAAUAUAUGUAGUGAACGCAGUGAAGAGUGCUCCUAAUCAAUUGAGAGGGUUUGCUGACUUGAAAGUUGAGUUAAAAUUAGAUAAGAAUAAAUCUUCAUCUAAAUUUUUCAGAAGUAUUAUUGAAUACUUGGACAAAAGGGGAUAUGUUGAAAGAUUGAUGGUUAAAGAGUCUGAUAAUAAGUCAUUGACUUACUGUAUCAAGUUUUUAAAAGACUUAGCGAAAGAUUACGACGAGAGAGACGAAAUUGCAGAUUUUUUCAAUGAGUUGGAUGAUGUUGAUGGGAUAGAAGAUGAAGAGACCAACCCUGAGGAUGAACCCUCCAUACCCUCUUUGACUAAACAUUUUCCACUCCAGAACCAAUUUUUUCAAUUCAUUCAGUCUCAUGGAACAGAUGGUGCUACUUCAAUGGACAUUGUGCGCCAUAUUACAGGUGUCUCGGAUUGUAGACCAUACACCAAAUCACUUGAUAUAUUCACGUCUUUUGUUAUUGACAACGAUAAACUAAAGAAGUUGAAGAAAUUUGAAGAUGAAUAUGAAGAUUAUUCAAUUGUUAGAGGAUAUGAUUUCGAAGGUAAAUACAAGUUUUAUCGUUAUUUUACGAGAGAUAACUACUUGAAAAUCUCAAAGACGACCAGAGCUGAUAAAAAAAUCAAGUCUAUUUCUCUGAAAAAGCAACCAAAGACGGCUGGCAUUCACUAUUUGAAUAAGAAGCACUAUGUUGCACUUGGCAAGAUAUCUCAGACCUCGCUAUUUAACAAUAGUAAGGUCUCCAAUAAAAGAAAACUUGAUGAACUACACGAUAUAGACCAAAAUGAGAAUACUAAAGUUGAAAGACGAGGGAGACCAAAAAGAGGAGAUACUAGAUCACAAAAAGUUCAACUGAACAAGGAUAAGGCUAACGGACCACCAAAGGAUGUCAGUCAAGUGACUAACUCGGAUUUUCCAAAUGCUUCAUCGAACACUAACUCUCCAUCAGUUGAUCCUACUGAAAUACCUAUACUAGUUGAUAAUUCGUUGUUAUCAAUUGAUUUCAAUAUACAGGCAGGUCAUGAGCUAGGAAAUACAAACUUAAGCAUGGGACAAGAAAUUGAACCGGUGAUUAAUAGUUUAACAAAAGAUGCGAUAUCCAAGUCCUUAUCUACUGCUAGACUUGAUAACUCAAAGAAGAAUUCUGUGUCUGCUUCAGUAGGUUCGCUCAAGGCUAUAAAAAGGAGAUCUGCUCUUAUUGAAAUAAUUAAAGCGCAGGGUGGUGCAACAUACACCGCAGCAAAUUUAUGUCGAUUAGUAGAUGAAAAACUAGGGAAUUCUACUAUUACGGAUAAAAAAACUCUUGCGAGAGACGUGUCUUAUUUAAUUUCAAUUAAAGAUUUAGACGCUGAGGAUAUUACAUUUACUAGAUCUGGACAAGUAGUGACAAGGAAGUUGUUAAUUUUAACUGACCCUACUUUGCGUCCAUCUAAAGAAUUUAUUGAAAAUAUCAAGAAGGAUUGUCUAAAUGACAAUUCGAACAAACAGAAUUUGUACACCAAUAGAAGGGUAAUUGAAGAUGAAGUUACGCUAUACAACCCUACUCCGGCAAAAAAGAAGAGUGGUACUAGACUUGCCAGUUUGAAAAGUAAAACGAAGAUUGCAAAGAUUAAGAGAGAAAUUGAUGAUGAUGAUGAUGGUACUUCAAUCUCGGAUAGAGAGAGUGAACUAAAAAAUAAGAAACAUAAAGGAUCAGAAUCAGCAAAAAAAGCCACUAAGAAUGGGGAAGAAAGUAAAUCUGUUGGAAAAGGUCUGGACGAUGCUGUACAAUUUUACCUUCCUAAAAGGAGGAAAGGUAGAACGAAGCAAAAUCAAAGUAAGAUUAAAACUACUAAUGAUUUGUCUACAAAAUCAUCGGUAUAUAGGGUUCGAGGCGAGAACAGGUUCGACCAAGAGCAAGCAACUUGCUUGUAUAGAGCAGUCAUUAUUUCCAGAAGCUUUAAGAGGGGUCCCAUUGACUUCGAAGCAAUUGCUCGUUUAUUUGAUGGAAUGGACGCUGGAGAGGUGAAAAGAAAAUGGAUUUCCGUGAGAAAAGUUGCUGGGGGAUUGUCCGCUGUUAUGAGAGGCAUUAAAGUAUUUGAGAAAAUUGUAACCAGAGCUAUUGAAGACGGAAAUGUAACGACUUCAGAUUUAACGGAAAUAGAUUAUGAAUUUUUGCUUUCUAUAUGGGAAGAUGCGGAUAACUCCAUUUUGGAUGGAAUGGAUACUAAUCCGUUCUAUUCAACUAUCGAAGGAAAUUUAGAAGAUUAUGAAAUUCCACCAUAUAAGGAUUAUCAAGCGGAACUAUUUGAGCAGUUGGAAGAAAAUUCAAUGAGACAGAAGGAAGCUAUACUCUCGAGCACAACUUUUUACUACAGCGAAGGAAUUGAAAAAAUUGUGCCAAAGGCGCACGAUGAUCUCAGAUCUACUUUAAAGGCAACGUUUGCAACUGCAGAGGAAAAUUUUUCAAAGCAAUCUGUUAACAACAUCUUGUCGGAGUACGGAGAAGAAAAUACACAAGAAGCUAUUACUAGUUUGCUAAAAGACAAAGAAAUUUCUUAUUAUUCUCUCCAAGAUUCGGAUAUACGAUUCAUCUUGACUGACAAGUUUUACAAUUUAAUUUCUCACAAGGUGUUUACUCCAAAAUUCUUUCAUCAAGCAUCAAGGUUUGAGUCAAAUCUCAAGGCAGUUAUUGAAGCGAGAAAAGGACUAAUUUUGUCCCAGGGAAUAUCAAGUGGAGAGAUUGCUGGACUAUUAAAUUUAUUAAUUUGCGAUGGUCCUCCGUUGAAGGUUACUAGAAUAGAUAAAACAUAUAAAUUUGCGGGUUAUGAAUCAAGAUUAAUAGAUAAGUCGAAAUUGUCAUGCAACAUUAUUGUCUCCUCCGAAAAUGAUACUCGUUGGAAAAAUUUAAUUGACAUAAUACCAAUACCUACAGGAAAAGCUUGUUCGCACAUAUGGCUAGACCUUAAUGGGAGUAUUAAUUCAGCAUUGUGGAGAAAGAUUAUAAUUUCAAUACUUUAUCAUAUAGUUUUCAAGCCCGGUGUAACAAGAGCAGCAUUAUACAAGAAGAUGCAAACAGUUUUGAGUGUUAGAGAUUAUCUUGAAGUUCUUUCUUGGUUAGAAAGUAGUAAUGUCAUCAAAGAAGGUACAUGGGACAGUUUAUUUGCUAAUAACCAGUGGUUUUCUAUAAUUGGCAACUGA